AUGACAUUUCUCCUUUGUCCCCGUUGGCGCAAAUCCCAUCCGCCUUCUCCGUCCGGCGUUGCUCGAUCCGACCAUGAUGGCCCACCUGCAGUACAGGAAGACCAGCAAGACGAGGGCCAGGAUCUAGAAGCAGCACCCUCUGUCCAGCCCGAUAAUGCCAUCGAAGAAGGUGAAAAACAACCUGAGAGUUUCUCUCAUCGUCUGCGACGCCGUUUCUCCCGAGAGUCCAAGACCACCGCUGAGGAUCGUGAUACCUCAAAGCUCGGGUUUCCUUUCAAUCUAAGGUCUAUCAAGUCCGCACCCAAAAUAGGGUCGAAAUUUGGGCAGAAUCACACAACGUUGGGCAAUCUCGGAAGCAGUUUGAUGAGCGAAAGGGCAUACGACAGCGAUGCACAAUUCAUUACCACCCCCAGUCGUGCUGGAAACAGCAUCAGAUCUCCAUUGGCGAAGCCCUUCCGAAGAAUGGAUCUAAGUGAUCUGGUUGAGCGAAGUCAGGAACGAGAAUCCUCAGAUCAUCGGAGUGCUGCUGCUGCUCAGGAACGAAACAUAUCCAGCCUCUCCUACCCAUCUACGACUGGGAUACAUUUUACUAUAUCUACUCCUACCGCCAGUGUGACAUCUUUCCAAGGUCAUCUCCGUACACCACAGGACCUUCAUCAGGCGCCAAGUCAGCAACUGAAUCCUCUUCAAGCGGAAUCGGUUCUAGGAGAAUACGACAUGAACAUCACGUCUGCAAGAUCCCUCCCAGAUCUGACUCUCACCACCCUCGGUCGGUUCCCUCAUUUACAGCAACACCCACCACCAUCGCCAUUCCGCGGCCCAAUGGCGAUUCGAAGUCCCUGGCUGAUUGGAAGCAACUUUUGCAAGAAAGCCACCAGGUAUAUUUUGGUUAAGAAGAAUCGACAAGUACCUGCAUCUGCCUCGGUUAGAUCUUUCACUGAUCCUCGAUCAAUACACCUUGAUGAAUUGGGAAUCUCGAAACGGCUUGCCUCGCAAACGACAGCUUCCGGCUCGAUGCCUCGGUUGAUUCACCAAAACGAAUUUGGGUUCUUCGUUCCUCCAUCACAGGAAAAUCUUCAUCUUCCCAACAAGUCUGGAGUCUCAGCAGUAUCAGAUGUUGACUCUCCAACCCCAAUCCCUGGAAAGCGUGAUUUCUCUUCAUUCUACUCGCCACAGUCAGGCUCCAUUGCAUCUAAAGGGUCUCCUAUGAACUCACAGAGAAGUGUGAACAAUCUCACUAUGAGCAACCCUCAGACCAAGGAGAAAAUUCCGAAUGAGAGUGAAAUUAUUCAAAGCAACCAGCUUCACGAAAACGGAGCCAUGCAGAGUAAAUUCCGCGAGCAUUGCGAAAGCCCUGAUUCUGAGCAGACGCAAUCUCACAAUAUUCCAAAUGACCUUGAUAAGGUAUGCCAGCCACGCAAGGUCAGCGUCGGUUGGAUGUCCGAAGGCCGAAGGGUAGGCUAUGGCUACAGUCCAGUGCCCAGCCAGGACGAACCGCAAGUUCAAAAUGAGCCAAUUUAUUAUCCAUACCGCAAGCCCGAGCCGGAGUCCAAAGCCGAAGUUAUGCCGGUCGACUUCAAUCAGAACGACUACCAAAAGCCUUUAAAGGAUAAUUUCGAUUCGACGGAAGUUUUCACUCCAGAACUAAGCCCAAGCAUGGCUAUCAAUUGUUCAGAUACGAACUAUCCCAAUCUGCCUCCAAUCCCAAAGGCCAAAGCAUCCGAAUGCCCUACGCCACCAUAUCUCCAGGCCAUGCUUGGAAGUCGCAGAGGUCGAACCGAUGACCCUUCAUCCGCUCGAAUUCGUGAAGGGGGCUUCAGAAGUCUACGGGCCCCAGAACCGCCUCCAAUGACCCAUAUCGAGCACUGUCAAGUCCCAAAAAGCUCAAAGUAUAGCAAUCAAGCCAAUGACUCUUUUGUCCAGCGCUGGCCCCGUCUCAGCCCACCUACCAAACAAGCUGCCAUUGUCUCAGGUGAUAAUGCCGAUGACGAUAAUCCAGGAUUUCUUGACCUCGGCGAUCAAUACCACGUUCAAGAGCCUUGCUCUCUUCAACCUAAAAAAUCUCGAAGCGAAAAAUGGGUCAGGCGUUUCACUCGCCGCCGAGAAAGCAGGCGUAUCUCGAAUGCUCAGCCGCAAGACUCUUCUCAGAGUUCCUCGGACCAGUAUGAGGAUUGUGUGUCGGAUGAUCCUCAGCGAAAAACAACGGAAGAUCUGGCUAGCAUGUACCAGGACUGUAUUGAUAUGCCGGGGUCCUUUGAUGGUAGCCGCUGGGCGAGUCGGAGAAGCCGAAUGCCACUGUGGGAUGCGUGCACUGAGGGUCUCUGGCAUUCAGCGUGA